CCUGUCCCGUCCCGCCGCCGCCGCCGCGGCCCCGCCGCCCCCCGCCCCCCGCCCCGCCAUGGCCUCCGCGGGCGGCGGCGCCGGCCCCGCCGAGCCGGAGCGGCCGCACCCCAAGCCCUUCCUCAUCGGCGUCAGCGGCGGCACCGCCAGCGGCAAGUCCACAGUAUGCGAGAAGAUCAUGGAGCUCUUGGGCCAAAACGAGGUGGACCAUCGCCAGCGCAAGGUCGUCAUUCUCAGCCAAGACAGGUUCUACAAGGUGCUCACCACCGACCAGAAGGCCAAGGCACUGAAGGGGCAGUACAACUUUGAUCACCCAGAUGCUUUUGAUAACGAUUUGAUGCAUACAACCUUGAAAAAUAUUGUUGAGGGGAAAACAGUUGAGGUACCAACCUAUGACUUCGUGACCCACUCUAGGCUGGCAGAGACAACAGUGGUUUAUCCAGCUGAUGUUGUUCUUUUUGAGGGGAUCCUGGUCUUCUACAGUCAAGACAUUAGGGACAUGUUCCAUCUCCGGCUCUUUGUCGACACAGAUUCAGAUGUCAGGCUGUCCCGCAGAGUUCUGCGAGAUAUGAAACGUGGCAGGGACCUUGAGCAGAUCCUCACCCAGUAUACGACGUUUGUCAAACCUGCCUUUGAGGAAUUCUGUUUACCGACAAAGAAGUACGCAGAUGUGAUCAUCCCCCGAGGCGUGGACAACAUGGUUGCUAUAAACCUCAUAGUGCAGCACAUUCAAGACAUCCUGAAUGGAGACAUCUGCAAGUGGCAGCGAGGAGCAAUGAAUGGACACGGUCGGACCUACAAGCGCCCAUUCCCUGAACAAGCAGAGAACAGCAACGUGCUAGCAGCUGGCAAACGGUCACAUCUGGAGUCCAGCAGCCGUCCGCACUAACCUGCCAGAGUCUGGUCUGGAUCAGAGGCAAAUCCUUCAAUGCCCAAGAAAAUUUUGGGAAGGAAAAACUAUUAACAAAAUGGUUUGUGAAGUGCCCUUUAAAUGGGGGCAGCAGCAGGGAUACUGGUGUACAGAGAGGAGAAGAAGAAGUUGGACUACUGCCCCUCUCCCUGCCGAAACCCCUCCCCUUUCUCCCCAGGAUGUCUGGGUCUAUUAUGUUACUCCUUGAACUGGUUAGAGGCAGUUCUACUUGCCUUUUUUUUUUUAAUUUUCAAAAUGGCAUCUAAUGCUGUGAAGUUUCCCCUGAAAGUUAAGCGCUACCACGUGUUUUAUGAGAUAUCCUAUUUCCCUGAUGCUGCUCUACCUUAGCAGGAAAAUUAGAUGCCUGUUUUUUUCUAAAAGGAAAACAGUUUCUCUGGCCAAGACAAGCUCAGACCCUGUUAAUUUAAACAAGUAGGUACAGUCUUCUCCAUCUGCUCUUUGGGGCCUUGAGACCUAGUUCUGGCAUUGUUUCCUGCUGGCCAGCCCCCUUUAUCACCUGUAUAGCAGCUGUGGAGCAGGAGGCCGGACCUCAUGAACACAAGUGUAGAGGAAUCUCAUCCCCAAGUUAGAGGUGAAACAAAGGCUCUCCAGGACAAAAGGGAACGUGCAGUUCAUCAAGAGGACAGGCUCGAGAAGCAGUGCGAUUCUGGUUCAUAAUCUGUUACUUCCAAAGUUCCUGAACAUUUGCUACACUGUAUGUAGGUGAGGCUUUCAUUUUUGUACCCAGAUAGAGUCUCCUUUACUAUAGUUAUUAAAUAGUGAGCUCCAACUGGAUUGAGUUGCUCAUGGAAAAAAGAAGCCUGACCUUGUCAGUUUUAGUGGCUUUGAGGACAUUUCUGUACUGCUGGUUGCAGGGUCUGCUGGGCAGAAUCCAUCCACUUACAGAACGGGGUAGUUAAAUCAGCAAAGGGGAAAGACGUGAACUGCAAGACCCUCCUUCUGAUAGUCUAAACAACUAUCUGGACAUGUUUCUACCCUCAAGUAGAGUCAAAAUGCUUACCUUAUACUUGAGCAGUUUUAAACUCAUGAAUGUUCUGGUUUUCUAAAAAGAGCAGACGAGGCUGGAAAUAUAGACAGUGAUAUCCCUAUUUCUGCAAUUUACCCCAGAUAAAGUGAUACAACAGCAACAUAGUUUCUGGAAAACUUCUGGAAUGAAGUGUCAGUUGGACCUUUAAAAUGUCUAUGUUGUAUCUUUCUGUCACUGAGUCUGCAUUUAAAGUAGUUCUAAUAAUGGGGGGGGGAGGGGGGAAAUGUUAUUAAGAGGAACUUUUUCGUAUUUGCUAGUUUUCUAAAAUGAAGGGCUGGCUGUGUUGGCUGUGGAUGUUUUGCUUUGUCUAAUAAACAAACAAACAAACAGUGA